AUGCAGAUUUCUCUGAUCAUCAAGAUCGCAGGGACGGUCCUCCUCGUCGUGGUGACAUCGGUCUUCUCCCCGUCCCUUUCUGGCUUGUCGACCUCGAACCUUGCUUCGAGCGCUUCGGGUGUCCUGGCGACCGUCGCAGCCGUAGCAGGCUUGAUUUCGGUCGGCAUGUCUUACGCCCCGUCGAUCAUGGCGAAGAAAUGGUACAAGUGGGAGAACUUGGGCAUCGCCGCUGCUUGUGCCGUCUUCUGGGCGUGGCAGAUGAUCGGCGCAGGCUUCGCCAGCACCUGUACCGUCAACGCGUGGUCGAGCUUGUUCUGCAACGGAGCCGGCAAGAUCGCCUUCUACGUCAUUCUCGUCGCCGCCGCUCUCAUCCAGCUGGCCAUCCUCGUCGUCGGCCGCAACGGAGGCGGCUCCUCCCCUCCUCCCGACAACUCAUACUCGCUCUCUCGCUCCGCCUCGUCCGGCCACCGCCGUGCCCGCGCCGACAGCAAUGAAUGGAGCGACUUCAGCAACAGAAGCGACUCGGAAGAGUCGGACGCAGAGAAAGGCAUGCUGCGUCGCGGGGACGGCGUGGGCAUGUCGAAGAGCGAAGACAGGUCCGACGAAGGCUCGCACUCCUCGAACAUCCCUCACUUGCCCGAGGGAGGUCAAAAGCCUCGCGUCGUCCCCACGGGCAACAUCGACCCCUCCGCCUUCUCCGGCGAAUCCGAGUCGAGCGGCCACACAAGGACUUCGAGCUCCUCGACGACCGCCAGCGAACCCGUCGACAUCCCACACGCUCAGGAGCUCCAGCCGAGCCACCGCGAGGGCGACUCGCCGCACCACACGUUCAUGCACGUCCCGCACGGGUCUAAGGAGCAGGAGGAGGAGGAGGAGAGGUUGAAGUGCGUGUCGCUUGCGGCGUUGUAG